UCGACAACAUGUCGGUCACAUUACAUACAGAUGUUGGUGAUAUUAAAAUUGAAUUAUUUUGUGACCUCGUUCCGAGAGCAUGUGAGAAUUUUCUGGCUCUAGCAGCCAGUCACUACUAUGAUAACUGCAUUUUCCACAGAAAUAUUGCUGGAUUUAUGGUGCAAACUGGUGAUCCUAUGGGCACUGGUAAAGGUGGACAAAGUAUCUGGGGAAAAAAAUUUGAAGAUGAAAUUGUGGAUUCAUUGAAGCACAAUGUGAGAGGAGUAGUUUCCAUGGCAAAUAGUGGCCCAGACACCAAUGCAUCACAGUUUUUCAUCACGUAUGCAAAACAGCCUCAUCUAGAUAUGAAAUACACCAUAUUUGGAAAAGUUAUUGAUGGAUUUGAAACGCUUGAUGAUCUGGAGAAGCUACCAGUGAGCGAGAAGAACUAUAAACCUUUGAAUGAUGUUCGGAUACGUACUUUAACAAUCCAUGCAAAUCCAAUUGCUGAUCAGGCCGAUAAUUAA